GUGACUCGACGGUGUGCUCGGGGGGCGGUAUAGUUUCGGAUCAGGAUGACUGAAGAGGUUCCCGCCGCGCCCGUCGCCGCGCUGCCGGCUGUCAAGGCUCCGGCCAAGAAGGCCAAGAAGGCGGCGGCCGCCGCCCCGAAGGCCCGCAAGGCCUCGGGCCCCAGCGUGACGGAGCUGCUGACCCAGGCGGUGACGGCGUCCAAGGAGCGCGGCGGCGUCUCCCUGGCGGCGCUGAAGAAGUCGCUGGCGGCCGCCGGCUACGACGUGGAGCGGAACAACAGCCGCAUCAAGCUGGGCCUGAAGAGCCUGGUGACCCGGGGGAUCCUGCUGCAGACCAAGGGCACGGGCGCCUCCGGCUCCUUCAAGCUCAAUAAGAAGCAGGCGGACAACAAGGACAAGGCGCCCAAGAAGAAGCCGGCGGCGGCGGCCGCGAAAAGCAAAAAGCCCGCGGCCAAGAAGCCCGCCAGCGCCGCCAAGAAGGUGAAGAAGGCAGCCGCCACCAAGAAGGGCGUCAAGAAGCCGGCCAAGAAGCCCGCGGCAGGCGCCAGGAAGGCCGCCAAGAGCCCCAAGAAGCCCAAGGCGGCGGCGGCCAAAAGCAAGAAGGCCAAGAGCCCCGCCAAGGCGAAGGCAGCCAAGCCCAAAGCGAAGCCCAAGACCCCCAAGGCGAAAGUCGCCAAGCCCAAGAAGGCGGCGCCGAAAAAGAAGUAGGAAGGACCCGCUCGGCUUCCGCGAGAGGCAGCAGCGCUCCUCGUUAACCCCAAAGGCUCUUUUAAGAGCCACCCACAAAUUCAAAGAAAGUGCUGAAUUUCCUUUGCCAUGUGAGGCGCUUCGAUCAUGUGAUGCGAGUGCCGCAGUUGUAGAAUCUUAGUUGGUCCUAUCCCUUGCACAGUCCCCCCUCCAAUUCGAAACCACGCCGCACCCGGCUGAGCAAAUGUGUGGUAGUAACGUGAUUGCUGCAAUUCUAGGCUUUCCUUUAUCGGGUAUCCUGUUGCUCAUUUCCCCCCGCCGGCUUUUUUAUCCGUGCUAAGUCCUUGA